UGUGGGGGCCCGGGUGUACUGUGCUCUAGUGCAUAGUGCAUGCAGUGAUUCGUUGCAUGUAGUACGCAUGUAAACAAGACCGCAACGUGUCACACGCACACUCUCACGACGUAGGACUCGGAGCGGUAGCUAGAGUAGAUAACUAUUUCGUCUGCAUUACAACUCAAUCCUGAAUUGUUUCUAAAUGGCUAGAUUUCGAACCAAAAGAUGUGUCCUUUUCGUUACCGUUACUGUGGUGGUAGUUUUUAUGUUGAGGACGUUUUUAAUGGCGGGUGAGAUGUCAGGGAAUGCCAAUGGAAGCAAGAACAACCAACCCAAUCAGGCAAACAAACUGAAAAUUGCCGAUCUGGCCCAUGAUUCCCAAGCAGCUGGUAUUGAUCGCCCACCAAUGCACAAAGACACUCACAGCUUUCAGUUACCAGCUCAUCAAGGGGCUUCCUUGAAGAAUAUACCUGGGAAUUAUGAGCCUGACAUACCCCCUCCCCGUGAUGGACCGGGCGAGAAUGGGGUUCCGGUCAGAACCGGUGCAGGCGAGAAAGAGGCGGUGGAGAGAGGUAUAAGGGAGUACGGUUUUAAUCAAUAUGUCAGUGAUAAGAUAUCAUUGGACCGGAACAUACCAGAUCUAAGAAAUGCCCAAUGCAAGUAUUGGCAUUAUCCUGAGAAGUUACCAACCACCAGCGUCAUCAUAGUAUUCCACAACGAGGGCUGGUCUACGCUACUCAGAACUGUACAUAGUGUGUUCAAUCGAUCUCCACCACAACUCCUUCAUGAAAUCAUACUAGUAGAUGAUGCAAGCACUAAAGAGCAUGUGAAGAAGAAGCUAGACGAUUACGCCCUGUCUGCGCGGUUCAGUGGUAAACUGAAAAUUGUGCGGAAUGAGAAGCGUGAAGGGUUGAUCCGGACACGCAUCAAUGGAGCCAAAGCCGCAACGGGGGAUGUUCUGCUAUGGUUGGAUGCACACUGCGAGGUUGGAAUUAACUGGUUGGCUCCUCUGCUCACCCCGAUAGCACUCAAUAGAACAACAGCUGUGUGUCCCGUCAUCGACGUUAUCGACAACCAGAAUUACAAAGUCUAUCCGCAAGGAACGGGAGACCAAGAUCGAGGAGGGUUUGACUGGAGUCUGUACUGGAAACAUUUUCCCAUCCCAGAGUUUGAGCGAAAGAGAAGACGCUAUGAGACAGAGCCAUACAGAUCACCAGCAAUGGCCGGCGGUCUGUUUGCCAUGGACAGAGAGUUCUUCUUUGAGCUUGGAGCCUACGAUGAUGGCCUGGAAAUCUGGGGCGGGGAAAACUUUGAACUCUCUUUUAAGCUGUGGAUGUGCGGGGGGUCCCUUCUGUGGAUACCUUGUUCCCGUGUUGGUCAUGUGUAUCGGAUUCAUGGUAAGGUGCCCUAUUCAUCUCCAGGUGGAAGCAUGAUGAUGCUUAGCGAGAGGAAUCUGAAGCGUGUGGUGGAAGUCUGGUUCGACGAGUACAAAGAGUAUUUCUACCGCAGUAAGCCAGAGGCCCUGCUGGUCUCUGCAGGAAAUAUAGACAAACAGCUUGAGUUCCGUCGUCAGAAGAAGUGUCGAUCGUUCUCUUGGUAUAUGAGUGAGAUUGCGCCAGAUAUUGUGGAGAAGUUUCCUCUACCUGCAGCUAAUAUACAAUGGGGCGAGGUAAGAGUAGCCGGGGGUCAUGUCUGUGUGGAUUCAAUGGGUCAGAAAGAUGGCGGUAAGGUCGGUAUGUCGUACUGCCACGGUGCUGGAGGCAAUCAACUCUUUAGAGUAACGCAAGACGGCCAGUUUCGUAUUCAUGAUCAAUGUGCCUAUAAAUCAUCAUCAGAUGUCAGGUUACGACGGUGCGACUCUACGAGGUAUCAGUGGGUUUACAAUUUGAACACACAAACAUUAUACUUGGAGGAUCUACACGAAUGUUUAGAUCAUAGACCAGCCACCAAAGAAGUUUAUAUGACAGCGUGUGUACCAGACAAAAAAACACAACAGUGGGAAAUAUCAUCAAAGGGACUCAAACAUCAUUGACACAUAUCAUCUUCAUUUAUUUUGCUUUUCUUAAAUUUGUCUUGGAUUUUGUAUCCAAGCCAAGGACAUCUUGGAGGUAAACUGUUGUGUGAGUAAACAGAACAGUGUUAAGGUUUGGCGACUGUAACCAAGGGCCCGAUUUCAUAGAGCUGCUUACUAGAGUAGGCUAAGGUUAUCAGCCAACAUACUAUUUCACAUGUCCCAUUGACUGGUAUCUUACUCACUUUUGCUUAGCAGAACAAUUUUAAGCAAUAUUUACUGCUUAAACACAGUACUAAGACAUCUAUAACCAUGCCUUUUUACAUUUGAACAUGCAAUAAAAGAGAUGAAACAGCAUUAGUAUUUCAAACAGCAACAACGAAAUCAAAAUUUUAAAACUCGCACAUGUAUGCUUUUAAGGUGACUUGGGUGUGAUCCCUGGCUUUAUGGCAGUAACAGGUUGAUGGGCUUCUGACUGGCACCCCCGAACAAAGAUAAUGAUAAAAUAGGGUGAUCACCAACGUUAGGGAUAGAUGGCUUAAAUGGUAAAGCUUGGCACGUUAAUCUGGAGUCAAGCUCAGUAAAUUUUCUGUUGUUCACUUUAAAAUGUAAAUGUAAAAUUGGUACAGAGAGUCGCCCUGAAAUUUGUUUACCUCUGAAAUAUUCUAAUGGCUGAAUGAUGGAAGUGUGAUAUCUGUGUCCUUGAGCAAGACAAUAACCUUAAUUGCUCCUCUUCACCAAGGUGUAUCCUGAGGGAGUUGAGAAAGUUUGAGGAAUGGUCCAAGUAUGCCUGACGAGCAGGGAUAAUAAUGUUGUAAAGGGCCUUGAUGUAUUUGGAUAUGUGGGCUCUUUAAGAAUCCAAUAUUAUUCUCAUUUUAUUAUCUGUACAUGUACAUGUAGACCCUUUGCACUACGUGCAGUGCACUCACAUGCGCCUAUCCUGUUGGCCAUUUAAGGGAGUCAAAAUGGAGCACAAAAAUGCACAAACGAUUUGACUCGCUCUAGUUCUAUUAUAAAAUUCUUUUAUUUCCAUGGAGAGCUACAUAUUCAUAUUAAGAGAUGGUAUUUCAAAUUCAAGAUGUAACCUAUUUCAUUUAUUGUCUAUUUUACUUUAUUAUAUUUUAACAAUAAAUUAUAAACGAUUUGAGAUCCAUCAAACACAGGAUCAAGGUUUUAGAAAAAUAUUGUUCAGUUUUAUUUUUUUAAAGACCUAAUUUAACAUAAAGUUUUGGUAAGUAGUAAGUACAAUUUGCUAGCGAGUCCAUCCAUGGUUUGGAUUUGGAAUAAAGUCAGAAUAGAAUUGGGAAUUUUUAUUAGUUUGUUUAAAAUCGAGUUUUUGCAUUUUGAUAGGUCACUGAAUAUGUCCAUGUGGCAGACAAGUUUUUCAUUAGCUGUCUGAAGUUACAAUGGGUUUUACACCACUCGUAAUGCAUUAUGGCAUUUUGCUGUAUUAGCAGGCUUUAGUUCAUUUGUAUUAUAAAUCUUCAAAAGUUAGCACUUGUACACCAUACAUAUUUUGUCUCGCCAGUGCAAAAAACAUUGUUUCAAAAUGCAAAAGUGUUUGAUGACAUCGCGUUUCAAAUAUAUAGCCUACAUUUUUUUACAGAGAAUUUUGAGGUGAUAGAUGGUAAAUUUGCAUCGUGUUAACUCACAUUAGUGUAUAUGGGUAAAACCAGAAUGAAUAUAAUUUUAAGUUCAUUCUGUAAUUUUGAUGAUAUUAAGUCAAAGCAUUAUUGAAUUUGACCUUUUGACUUGUGCAACAAAAACCCUCUUUGAAAUGUUAUUAUGUUGAUUGACUUUGUGUUCGUUUUAAAGUUUGCUCUGAAAGAGUAGCAUGUAUGGCAUUUUAACAUGUGGUUCGAAACAGAGCUUGAACAGAGAGAUUUGUACACAUCAGCCCAAAAGAUGAAGAAAUAGAAUCUUACAUUUCGUAGAGUCUGGUUUUCUAUCAACUUUCAAUGUGAAGAAAGGGGGCAGAUCUCAAAACGUCCUCAGCUGUGACUUUUAGAACCUUGGAUUAAUGGAAAUUAAUAACACAAAAUGUAGAAGUUCUUGUAUGACCAGUGCAGCAUCUUGCCUGCCAGGGAAAUGUCCUUGAAAGUAACUUUUUUGUGAACAAAGGUAACAUGGACUAUAGCUGUACUAUAGUUUUUUAGCUUAUCAGCAGCUGAAAUGCUAGGAUUAAUCCUAUCUCGAGUUAGGAAAAAUAACUAGUCGUAACUUAGGAUUAAUCAUAAAGUUUACAUGUUACAGUGAAAAACUGAGACUCGGCCUAAGAUUAAUCCCAAGUGAGGAGGAGUUUGUUGAAAUUGAUGGCUGGAACCUCAAAAUAGAACAUUAUUUGGCUCUUUGGUGUUUGAAACCCUUUGGUAAUUGUGAAGCAAAUCAGAUAAUGGUUAUGGCCCUUGUGUUUGGAGUUAACUAUUGCUUGGAUACUCAUUUGAAAGUUCUGUUAACGUGUAUACAUUAUUUAUAGAAAUGUGACAUAACAAUACUUUAUACAAACCACUGUGUAAAUAUUAUCUUAGGAAUGUUGAAGGUAUGUGUAAAUAUUAAAUAUUUUGUAUACAGCAUUAAAAUUUUUCCUGCCAAUUCCCAUUUGGCAAAACAAAAUCUUUGUAUUUUUAAUUCAGUACAGGUCUUUUACUCAAAGGGUUUGUUUUUCAUUAGGAGACUUUUUAGUAAUGGCGGCAGAUAUAACGGGACUUUUUUGCAGUUCUGAGCGCGCAUGCUCAGUAUUGCGCACGUAGGUCUGAGCAUGCGCAAUACUGUUAAAAAGGACUGUCUAAGAGUUCCAUUGAUCAAUUGUGAAUGAUACAGAACUUGAAUGAUUAGUCAACAUUUGGUCUUUAUACAGAAAGAAAGAGUGCUACUGCAUUCAAUUAAACUCAGUGACAGGAAACAAGAUUGCAUUUUUAAUAAAUAUUUAUUUUAUUUCCACAUACAUGUGUCUAUAUAAGUAAAUGCAGGAGAGCAACAGACUUUAAACGACUCAAAAAUAUAUUUUUUACAAAGAUACAAGUAGCAAUUUAAUAUACUUGUGGACAAGUCAUUAAAUGUCUGUCACAUUGAGAGCGAAACAGCUCUCAAAACUAAUUCUUGGAGACUGCUGCUCUGCGCAAUAUUACUAUUCUCAUCAGGACUACUGCUUCCAUUUAACUAUUAAAUGAGAGCAGUAGUCGUGAGAACAGUAGACAUGAGAGCAUUAGUCUUGUGAGAGCCAUUUUGCUGUCACAGUGACUUGUCCACAAGUUUAAGUAGUAAUUGAUACUUAAUUUAGAUUAGAGAUGUUAAUCAAAGUCUAUUGGUGAGCUUGCUUACGGGCAAAAUCAAACAAAGACAACUCUUUAGCAGACAAUAUUUCAUCCAAGACAAAUUCUUGGUUUUGAAAAGAGUCAGUGGUGAGACAGGCAUUGACCAAAAUAAAGUUCCUAUCACUUGUGUAAAUUUGUUUUGCACAUUAUUGUCCAGCUAAACAUUUUUUUCAUCACAUUUGGACUAAAUUCCAUGAAAUUGCUUUCCAACGAAUACCGCGCUUACUAACCAAAGAAUCAUGCCUUAUACAGGGUGCCAUAAGCAUAAAUUUCGCUGAUGUGUUGAUAUUGUAAAACAAAACAUAUUUUACCAAUGCUGCACAAUCACUUCCCUCCACUGAUAAAAAAUUAUUAAUGAUUAUACAAAAAUUGAUCAAUUAUCAAACUGAAGAAUAUGCUUUUAUAACAUGACUAAAAUAGUACCAAAUUUAUAUUGUUUAUUUACAAUGAAACAAUGAAAUAUAAUUAAAUUUGUAAAUAACUACCUCGUACAAAACUUGUCAGACAUUGAAGUUUUGAAAUAAUAACCAAUUUUGGGUGAGGCUUCACCUAGAAGAGGCGUGCGUGCAGCCCUGUCUCCUUUAAAUUCAGAUGCUUGACAUAACUGCAACUGAUUUGCCAAGUCUGUUUAUUUAAAACGAAUGACUUAUACAUCGGCUACUCUGUUGUGUGUAAAAUGUGUUUCAUAAGACCAACAGAAACUAAAGUUAUUCCUUCCUGCUAAGAUUUCAAUUGAUGGAUCCAUACGAAUGGAAUUAACAAUUUUGAGGGCUCAAUUUGUUUCGUGGGUUUCAACUUCAGGCAUGCCUUAAAAACUAUCUCUACUCCAUGGGAGUUUGCAAACCCUGGCUGAAAUGUGCAUAUAAGUCACCACAUUUGACCAGACUAGGUAACUCCACAUUCUGUCGCCAUGGAAGGCCCCAAACUUGGGUCCACUCCACCGUGGACCAUAGGGGCACCCAAAACAUGGGUCCACUGGGGGAGGGGGGGGGGGAGAUCCUGGGACCCCAAACUUGGGUCCACUGGGGGAAUCCUGGGACCCCAAACUUGGGUCCACUGGGGGACAAGAUACCAGCAAAACGGUCUGUGUUCAGACAAGCUCAAUUUAGAAAGAGAACCUUAUAUUGUUGUAGCUUUAUAUACACAAUAUUCAAGUCAA